AAGAAAACAUGUGGUAGAAAAAGACAAAUUUAGGAUACGGAAAAGAAGUCGGAAAUAUGUUGUCUUCAAAAUGAAGUUGUCCGUAAUAGAUGUGCCUAAUGACAUCAUGGGCUAGAAAAUACAUCAUAUAUUCUUCGGAUUAUUUCACAAAUCAUUGAUGACAUCGUCUGAGAUUUCAAUGACUUACGACAUCAUGAAGUCGACGCACAUGUUCCGAGACCAAGUAAAUACAGUUACUGGCUGGUUCAGAGCAUGGAACGAAUGUGAACAAACAGUGGCAUUAUUUUCAUUGCUUAGGAAAAUUUCACCAACUCAGUCAAAGUUUCUCUCUCAAGUCCUUAAGCAGAGUUUAAUUGGAUGUACAGAAGUUGACACUCUCGAGAAGGAGGCAAAUAACCCAGAGUACAUCAGCAGCUUGUGUAAAGAAUCUAAAGAGAAUGCAGUCUCCCAACUACUAGCUCACCUCCCCCUAUUACAACCAGGCAAUACAGAUGCCAAAGCCGAAUAUCUCAAAAUUCUACCAAAGAUUUUGAAUCAUUCAAUUGAAAAUGCGACACAUAUUGAGGAAAGUCGCCAGCUCUUGUCAUAUUCAUUGAUUCACCCAGCCAUAAAUUCCGAGGAGCGAUCCCAGUUUACCAUAUGGCUUGGGAAUUUAGACGAUUGGUCAACGUCACUCCAAGGAAGUUUUUAUAACCCAGCAUCACUUGGAGGAAAUGUGACAUCACUCGCAGGAAAUACCACUCCAUCAUCAUCAUCCACAUCACAAAAUGGCACUAACCAAGAGGUCCAAUCGCAGUAUAUGCAAUACUUCGAGGAUCCAAUGGGAUUGCGCACUGGAGGUAAUGGAGGAGGGUCAGAUACCCACAAUUCAACACAACAACUCCCUGGAAGUCGUCUUAAUGAAUGGCAAGCCCCAGGGGCAAGGGAUUCUGGGAUUAUGGACAUAAAUGGAGAAAGUAAUCUUUUGCAUCCUGAUAUAGGGACGCAGAUUACCCAGAAUGCAGGUGCACCUAAGUGUGCCCUGAUAGGUGCUAAUUUUGGGGGCCAAAUGCGGGAACAUACCCCUCUUCAUAUGACCAACUCAGCCCCUACUGGAUACCCCUUGGCUGGAUCUCAAGGUGGAAAUCAAGCAAACACUCACACUCGACUAAAACGUACCACAUCAACCACAACACCUUCACCAUUAAAUCUCUCCGGUUCCUCUGUCAAUGAUUGGCUCAAUUCAAACUCUGAAGAUUCUGGGGUGCGACAAUCCAAGUCCACGGGUGAACACGCACCAUUGUCACCUCAGAGCAGUGUGACAUCAUCAGGUAGCAGCGAUGAUCGGCAGGAGGACGUGACAAAGAAUCGCUUUGUAGAGGAUGGAAGUGGGAUGAAAGAUGUCCCCAUCUGGUUGAAGGGUCUGCGACUCCAUAAAUAUGCCACACUAUUCCAGACUCUUACUUAUGAAGAAAUGCUCGGUCUUACAGAGCAAUUCCUAGAAACUCAAAAUGUGACAAAAGGUGCUAGACACAAAAUUGUACUAAGUAUUGCCAAACUGAGAGAAAGACCAGGGUUGCUCAAACAAUUGGAAAAGGAGGUUAUAGAAGGAGGAUCAAUUAAAUCAGCUUUGACUGAAAUGCGGGGCAUUCUUCAAACGCCAAUUAAACUAUACAGACAGCCCUCCAAUGAGACGAAUGAAUCAGCCGACUCUGCCCUCCCAUCCCCAACAGGGACAGAGGGAGAUGGUUCAACAAUUCCUGAGUUAGAUCUUGCCAGCAGGUUCACCAGGGUCAUGGGAAAAGUUUGUACACAGCUGCUGGUGUCCAGUCACACUGAUGAUGAAUGUUGUAACCUAUACACACAGCUGAUUGACAAGUGCAUCAACCAUGAGGCCUUCACCCAGAAACAAAAGAAGUUGUUGUUCUCUUGGAAACAGCAACUGCAGAAGAUCUGGCAGCCACAUCCUCAACGUUAUGGAGCUGACAACAGGCCCAAACGCAACUCAUGGGGAACAUUUCCAAGAGGGACGGGGAAUGCUCCAUUUGCGACAAACAACAUCCAACGCAGAUUGAGUGCCCAUGCUCAGCCAACUGGUCAAACGACAUGGAGCUUUGGAAACUCCAAAAAACUGAUUGGAAACAGUGGCACUGGGGGUCACACUGCACUUGCCAGGAAUUCAUCAUUCAAUCUAGCAGUGACGCGGCCAAGUUCUAUUGAUGAAAUGAAGAAACAAGUGACCCGUACACACUCACUGCCUUCCAGGGCCAACCCGUCAUCUACGUUCUACAGGCAACCCACUGCCCCUGAAAAUAGUGCCACGGAGCCAGAAAUUAAUGCACGAUUAGACUCACUGUGUUUGAGUAUGACGGCUCAUGCACUUGGUGGAUUUGAUACAAUGGACAAAACCUCUACAUUUUAGCCAAAGCUCCUAUUUGUGAGAGAUAUUUUCAAUAAAAUGAAGCAUCAUAAGACCCAGUGCUCAAACUAUUUCUCUACUGAUUUUGUCACCAUGGCAGCAAUAGAGCUUGAUGGAUAUAUCUCAUCUCUAUGGAAACUGAUGAAACUGAAGACUUGAGAUGAAUGAUGACCAUUAUAACAUUGAACUACAUUGUUAUGUGAAAUUGAUGCAGAUAUGUCAUUGAAGUUAUAUAGGACAUUGCUACUUGUUUCAAUCUAAUCUGGAGUCAACCAUAGAACUUUGUCACACCAGCAUCUAUCUGAUUGUUUUAGUUGCCAGAGUAAUAUGGUUGACAUAGAAACAUGGUUGUCAUGGAUGUUAUAGAAGUAUUAUUGCCUUACAAAUAUAGUUGCCAUAGAAGCAUGGUGACCAAUGGAAGAUGAUGUUCACAUUGAAUAUGAU